ACGUAUACCACGCUCGUAUCGUACCAAGACCUGCAAUUUUACCAAAAAUCAGGACAAAAUACCGUAUCUUUGCGAAUCCUCAGCAGAGAACAGCACCUAAAUUAUUUCAUCGAAUAAUAUAUUAUUUAACUAACGCGGUCCUUGCUCUAAGAUAACUGCUGCUGUUGACUUUAUCCAACUGAAGAUAAAACAAGAAGGCGUUCCUCGUACACCACAUCGUGUGUUGAUAUUUGGCUGUACCCGUGUGUGAGAGCACGCGCACAUGUUAUUGGCACAAUUCUUCCGGAGCGACUGUAUGGUGUGAUUUCAUACUUCAGCAGCCGUCUGAAUCCGAACGAAACGACAGCUACAAACUUAUAUCUGACUCUCGACUUCAUCACUAGCUGACUGCUUUUGAGAAUUCUCUAUAACUUCAUAUUCAAUCUUAACUUAAGAAGUACUUGAACCAUCAAACAAAAUGCCUAGCGGUGGUUAUACUUUUCCUUCGCAGGGAAGGCCGACUCUAUGGCUGGUGAUAUCUGUCAUCGCGGUAACCUUCGGGAGCUCAGCCCAGUAUGGAUACGGCAUUGGCGUUCUAACCGGUCCCUCGUUGACCAUGCAAGAUUUUUACAACCAGUCCAACUAUGACAGACGAGGUGAGCCUCUCAGUGAUACCGGUGUCCUAUGGCUCUGGUCCGCCACCAUCUCUGUAUGGUGCAUUGGUGGUGCUCUUGGCGCCUUGGUUGGUGGUUACCUUAGCGACGGGCUUGGAAGGAAAGGAGCUCUCCUAAUGAUCAACAUCUUCUCCCUCGUGGCGGCAGUCCUCUUUGGGUUUGCGGAGCUUGCUAACUCGUACGAGAUGGUUAUCAUAGGCAGACUCAUCCACGGUUUCUAUGUUGGUACGGCCAUUACGAUUGUUCCCUUGUACCUGGCUGAAAUCUCUCCUAUCAAUCUAAGAGGAGCCAUUGGAGUCAUCCAUCAGUUGAUGAUCACUAUUGGUAUCCUCAUUGGUCAGGCCCUAGGACUGUACGCCUUCACUGCAGAAGACAGCUGGCCUAUUCUGCUGGCUUUGAUUGGAGUGAUGAGUGCCUUCCAGCUGAUCCUUCUACCGUUCUGCCCAGAGAGUCCAAGAUGGCUACUCCUCAACAGGAACAAAGUAGAGAAGACCAGACAAGCUCUGGUAAGACUACGAGGCUCGGAUGAUGUCGAAGAAGAGAUUCAGGAGAUCAGGGAGGAGGGAACGAAAGAUGUGGAAGUUGAGGAGAAGGUUGGAAUCGUGGACGUGAUAACCCUCAAGGACCCAAGUUGGAAGAUGCCUCUGCUCAUCUGUAUGAUUCUUCAGGGAGGACAACAGCUCUCUGGUAUCAAUGCUGUUCUCUUCUAUGCCACAGAAAUCUACCGCCAGACUGGUAUGGGAGCAGAGGAGGUUGCUUACGCCACCAUCGGAACAGGUGCCAUCAACGUCGUCAUGACGAUUAUCUCGGUGUACAUGGUUGAGCGUGCUGGACGUCGUAUUCUAACGGUCGUCCCAUUCGGUCUAAUGGCCAUAUGUUUAGCUCUCCUCACAGUCAGUUUAAAUCUCCAGCCUACUUUUGAUUGGAUGAAAUGGUUGUCUCUCAUCUUCAUCUAUGCCUACAUUGUAUCAUUCGCUGUUGGACCAGGUCCUGUACCAUUUGUGAUUGUUCCUGAGUUGUGGACCCAGGGACCACGCCCUGCUGCUAUGAGUAUCGCCAUCCAGACUAACUGGUGGUGUAACUUUCUUGUUGGUCUCACUUUCCCCUUUAUUCAGGCUACCGUAGGGGCAUACUCGUUCUUGGUCUUCAUGUUCUUCGUGAUCCUGACGACCAUCUUCUCCUACUUCUACGUUCCCGAGACGAAGAACAGGACGUUCGACGACAUCAUGGACGGCUUCAGGAAGGGAGAUAAGUCGGGAAAGAAGUCGAAGGGUGGCGAUUACGAACUCCAGGACAACGCGAACAAGGCAUGAUGACGAUCACCACACAAUAGUACCGUACCGUAUGUAGUGUGUAGUCUUAGAAACUGAAGUGUACUACUCUAUCUUCUAGUACAGUCCAACGUGUCAUAAUGCUCACCUCUAUGUGACGGCCAUCUCUAUGUUCAUUUGUAGUAGCCACCUAUCUGUAGUAGCCACUUAAAGCCACACUGUACUACUUGUAGCUACUUGCUCCCUCUAUAUAGCAAACAAUGCCUAAUUGGUGACCAUUGGUCCCCCAUGAUCCUCUUUUUCUUAUGUUAAUUGAGAGCUGAGUUGAUGAGAUAGCCACCUGUCAGGGACCUUGCUGGGUGGUCUUAUCCGUCCUUCCCAAACUAGUACAGUUAUUUCUUUCCAGAGAGCUAGAAGAAAUAAGAUGACAAAAUAACUUUACUCAGAGGUCACUUUUACUGAUGCCCCUCAGAGGAUCUUAUAUAUUCACACCCUCUCUACAGUGGUCACAUGGAUGGCCUUAGUAGACAGGUUUGAAUGUAAGAACAUGUACAUGUAUGUAGUAAAGGGAAUUUCUGAUAACAAAUGUUUGAUAAGAGGCACAAUAUCAUUGUUUACUUUGUGGCAGAACUGGAAGAUUCUGGGAUCGAUAUCCCAAAGGUUCUGUGAUCAAAACCAGCAAAGAAUCCAAAAUCUUUAGGGAGUCAUUUAUUGAUAAUGUCUUAUUUUUAAAGACCUUGUCCCUUGGAUAGGAGGUAAAGUCAUAAGUCCCUUUUCUACGUACAAUAGACAUCUAGACAUGCAUUUUUUUUCAAACCUGAAUUAUUUGUCAUUAAUUAAUCAACAUCAAUAUCCGUGAAUGGGGCUAGAACCACUUGAGGUGGCUAAUCUUCAAAAACUUUUCAAAUAUUUAGAGAUAUGAUAUAUAUUCAUCUAGAAAAUGUGCCUGUUUGGCAGCCUGCAUUUGAUGUCUUCAACAAUAUGGAGAGGCUCUACCUAAGCUGGCCUUAAAGUUACCAUGAAAGUAUUGAUGUACAUUUUUCAGGCAUUUGAACGUGAAGUUGGCCAUCCAUUUAUAUGUACCAUAGUCUCUUGUAGUAGACUUUGACUGCACAAAGCUGAGAAGGCCUCAGAACCACACUACAUAUUGAUAUACGGCUGAAAUCUAGUUGUUUAUGUGAAGAGAUUAUAUAUAUAUAUAUAUUGAGGGAUGAGAAACAGAAGGACUUUAGGAACUAAGUGAGUUAGUUUGUGUACCUGAUAUUCAUAACAACCUUCUGCUUCUCACCCUUGGGUCAAAUGUUGUGUUCUGAAAGACAUAAGGGCGUUAAUCCAUCUUUUCAACCAAGAUUUGUGCCCCUAUGGCUCUCAGCAGAUGACACUGUCCCGUAAAUCGACCAUGUAUAAAAGCUGGAGCCAGAAGGACGUUAACUCUGUAAAGAAGUGUAUGAGAUAACGUCCUUCUAGCUAUCGGCAGACAAUGUGUAAAAACUUCUUGGAAGUUAUGAAUGGCUUGUUAUCAUUGCCACCAAAAACAUUAAAAUAAAUAAAUAUAAAAAAAAUAAAAAAAGGAAUUGAAAAAAAGAAAUGCUGCAGAUUAAAAAGCAAAAAUCGAGAAUAUGAAAAUAAAAAAUAAAAAUUAAAAUAAUGAAUAAAAAUCUGCACUUAGUGAAUGGCACCAACAUACCUUUGAUGUGAUAUAUUUUUUCACCAGUUUUUCAUGAGUUGAUUGUUUGAAGUUGACUGUGUUUUACCUUAAUGUUCAUUUUGUAGCUGAUAUAGUUACGACACAGCUAAAUGUAAGAGGAAGAUUUUGGAUUAAUUUGGAUCAUUCGUCAUAAGAUCGAGCCAGGUUUAGGAAGUUUUUGUUCACUCAUGAACCUUGGAAAUAUUGAGCUAUAUGAUAUAGUCUUAGUGAGUACGAUUUAGAUAGUCCUUCAAAGAACUAUUCGGUAUAUAACCAGAUCAAAGAAACACGAUGUUAAUAUCGCCAGAUGUUAUGUCGGAGAUGAUUUCUAUUGACGGAUGAUUGCGAAAGAUAAUAAGCUUUGAAAGAGAGACAAACAGGGUAGUACAGUGUUAUUUGUAAAGUAUUUGAUUCAAAGAAUUGUGCAAAUAAUUUCUAUCUUUGUACAUUAUAUGUAUGUGUGUCAAAUCAUAUUUUUCUGAGCAUGAGCAUGCAGAUCCAUAUAAUAUAUAUAUAUAUUUUAGAGAAGCAACAAUUUGGAUUGUUUUCAGUUUGGCAAUGUAGAUUCAAUGCAUGGUCGGUCUGUCUUUUUCUUCAUUUUUGAUUUUUGAUUUUUGAUUUGUCUGUUCCACUUAUGUUAAAUGAUAGAGGCAAGUCAUGCAAGAUAGUAUAUUGAAAGUUUCCAUCUGGAGGGUGAAUGCAAAGAUGCAUCUAAAUCGAGAUGUUAGGAUUCUGACUUUUAAUAUGUCUCGUAACUGAUUAGAUAUAUUGAAAUAAGAAGAACAAAAAUAGGGCAAAGUUAUGUAAAUCUGUUUUAAUUUGGUUUAAUGUAGCUUAGAUGUAGAGCUACCUCACAGUGAAAGUGCCAUAGGUGGUUAGUACAUUACGUGGUUAGUGUCAUAUAUUUAGGAAGGCUUCAACUAACAGGAUAUAUUUUCUAUCGGCUUUUUUUUUAGAGAGAGGACACAGAAGCAUGUGUCUAUAAUGAGCUUCCUUAGAUGAAAUAAGUCCAAAAGUAUAAGAUGUAAAAUUGGAAAGAUAUCAGAAUCAUUCCUUUGACAGCUAGAUGUACAGGGUAGUCAAUAUAACAUCAAUUCUUAUCUGCCACUUAAACAAAGAGGAAAUAUAUAUUAAAACAACAAGUGCCUUCAAAUGGUGUAUUUCUAUACUUGUAGAGCACUCUAGGAAUAAAGCAUUAGCUAGCACGCAAGCCUUCUACAACUUUACUUUCAGACUUAUUGAAGCACCAUGCUUUAUUUUCAGAAAAGAGUCCAAUUAGAGUUAUUUUUCGAGCUGAAGCUACAAGAUUUGAAUAAUUUUGAAUAAUUCUGAAGCUUUGACAAGAUACAUUGGAUAAAAAUGAACCACUUGAUAUAAUUGGGAGAUUGUUAUACUCCAUUUACAAAGGGGAUGUCAUGUAGAUUAUUCUUUCUAUCCUAAAGGGUUGAGGUUAAAUUAAUGCACCACAAAUAGGCAAUAGCUAAUUAUUAUACGAUGAAUUAGAAAUGAAAUCUUUACAUAUCACUUAUAGGGUAAUGCGAAUAUGAGAUCAAGCAUUAAAAAUAUAAAGGUGCUACAUAGAACAUGUGAUAUAAUCAUAUUCAUCUCAAGUAGUUGAGAAUGUAAUGUUAAAAGUAGGAUUAUUCACCUCGUCUCUUAGGAGAGAAUAUUGUUCUUUUAUUGUUACCGGUAAUCUUUAAAGUUUUCAUGAAAUUUUUGCCAAAAAAUAUUCGAAGUAUUAUGAAGUGAAAUAUCUUUGUUUGUUAAACGAAAAAAGGUUAUUUUCAUGUUAAAAUCAGUAUUAAAACUUUAGAUCUCGUUAUCUUUUAGAGAUUUAGUAUGCCAAACAAAAUCAAGUUAUAAAUGGACACUGUAUUUAAGAACCAAAGAUAAUUGUUGACAGCAUUGCAGCUUAAUUAACAUGCCAGCUGAUACAGCACCAGUGCAGUUUUGAUAAAUAUAAAUCUGUUUUUAGUUCAUAAAUGAACUCAAUAACAGGAGCCUUUUGAUCAUGAUUUCUUUUAUACCAGUCAUGAACCUUUUACUUAUGUCAGCUGAUUAAUUCGAGUAUCUUUUGAUAGAUCUGUAGCUCUGCUUUUUCCCUGUAUUUUUCUUUGACGGAGAGAAUUCAACACAACAAUGUUGAGGGUGAAAUGUAUUACGAAAUGAAUUUAUUUCUUUGUAAUUGUUCAGUAUCUCAUUUAUGUGAAUAAAUGCACUUUUUUACAAUGCUGAAAUGAAAAUUGUGAAAGGGGGGCAGAUCUUUGAUUGUAGUUAGUAGAUGUAGUAUUAGUACAGUUGUAUUUCAGAAGAAAUUUUGAAGAGCUGGAAUUCAGCCUGUUGUAAAUUGUGUUGUAAAUUAUGUCAUAAUUCUUUGUUAGAUGUUUAUAGAUUGUAAUUAGAUGAAGCUGCUUUCUAGUGAUGAAAUUUUUUUUUUCUGGAGAAAAGCUUUAUUAUCAGGUAUUCUUAAACAUGUUGUACAUUAAAUUCUGAUUAAUAUAAGCAUACUAUGUGAUUCUAAAAAUAAAUAAGUUUAAUAACAGCUAUAUUGAUAUUGCGUACACAUAUGUAUCCUCAACCGGGGAUGCUCAUGGCGCGUACAAAGUACUAUUAUUACCCUGACUUAAGUCCAGCUGUCCUAAGGUGCUGACAGCAUUCAAGGAAUAUAAAUUCCUAUCAGGUACCCACAAAGACCAUAUAUUUUAAAGGAAGUUAUAAUUUUGGUCAGAUUAUGCGAGGUUCGAUCGACUUGGAAAGCCAAGUUCUGGUAUUGCUGUUUGCUUUAUAUUGAUUUGACUUUAUAUUUCUUUUUUUUUGGUUCGGAAGCAAUUUGAUUUCAUAUGCAGUGCCGUUUUUAAAAAUAAUUAUUGUGUUGAUUUCUCAUUCAUGCAUUCCAGGUUUAGAAAAUAGCCUGUUUAUUAAACAUGCUUGCAGUUGGACUAAGAUUAUAAUUAUCAUGUAGAUUCUCCAAUUAUUCUCCAAUGGAAAGUAAUAUGAAGUGACAUUUGUUGAAUAUGACAUUUUUAUAAUGGGAUCAAAUUUAAUGCAUAAAUCUUUCUUAAUUGCCAUGUUACCAAUUAUAUUGUUCACCUGUUAUAAAUAAUUGUAAUGCAAUAGUCAGAAUGCAAACUGCAUAUAUUACGUGUUGUUAGGUUAGGUAGGGCAAGCCAUAAAGUUUGUCCUACCUAGCAACAAGUAAUGUUUGUCCUACCUAGCAACAAUAAUGUAUGCAUUUUGAAUUCUGACUUAUGGUUACAUUUAUUCGUAACAGGUGAAUGAAAUAAUUUGUAACGAGGCAUUCAACAAAGAUUUGUGCAUUAAAUUUGAUUUAUUUAUUGGUUUAUUGUUUAUUACGCAUAGCUGUUGGCAGUACUGCAAUUUGGUUCUCACUAUAUAGUUACUAUAGAGGGAGUUCAAAUCUUGUAGUAGUACAAAAACAGGAUUGAUAAUUACUGUAAAACUGAAGUCAAUUUGUUGGUAGGCCUUUGAACAAAGAGCAAAUAUAUACCUCUAUGUUUAAAUACAGAGUUAUAUGUUCUGCGACAGAGAUGUUAUUUGCAAUGAGUAUAUCAAAUUAAUCCUUCCAAAUGUUAUACUUAUCAAGUGAAACCUACCUAUCUGUAACAUACCUUUUCUGUGAGAUAAAGUAUAUGCCAACUUGGAUUUAUAAGGAGACUUGUGGAGGAGACAUAAUCUUUUUGUCAAGAGUAUGCAAAUCCUUCCAGAUACUAUAAAUACGUAAUUUAAUGUAUUAGUUAAAUACAUUAAGAAUAAUGUAUUUACAUGUAUAUGCCCUAUUGUUGUGAGAAAAGAAUAAGGAUUGGUCAUUAAUAUACCGGUAGUUGAUUUCAGUAUUCAUGAAUUCCUGUGAGAAUUUUUAGAAAUACUAAUAAUUCUGUGGAUGCACAUCAUGUACAUGCCAUUUUUUUGCGAGAAGAAAAUUUUAAUUUGAACUUCACUAUCUUAAAGCAUUGAAAUGAGUAUUACCAUUGCCAUGCAUUAAUUAUUAAUAUGAGACAUUAAGACGUCUAGAUGGAACUUGAACCAGUGUCCUUCUGUCUAUAACCAUGACAACCUGUGCUUAUGUUCCUGUGCGAAAUACAAACCUGUAAAUUAAGAAGAGGGGAAUCAAAAGUAUUGUUUAGGGAUAUCAAGAGCACAUGCAUGUAACUGCCAUAACUGAUAUAUCUGGAUCUUAAAGCUAAAUGUACUAAGAUUUGUGUACAUUGCUUUAUUUAUAUUAAGCACCUUUGUAUUAUAAUCACGAUUGUAGCUAGUGCGUUGAGGUCUUCUUUCAAAUUGUCUCGCUCCAUUCUCUGCUAUCUUUUUUGUUGUAAAAGAAAGAGGGAGAACAUUGUGUGUUGUGCCGUGCAGAAUGCCGAUUCAUGCACGAUAUACAGAGCUGAUAGAAUAAUUAUUCUGGAGAUUCUAUUGUAUGAUAUUCAUGUGCAUGUCAUAUUAGAGAGAUUUUUUUUCUUCUUUUGGAACUUGAAAAUAAAUGGUAUAAAAAGAGUAAA